GUGAUCGCAUCCCGCGUCUAUCCAUUGUGUACUCGCUCAAUAAGCGAAGAAUGUGCUGUUUGAACAGAUAGUCUCUACUUAAAUUUAGACGAGCUGCCAUGGCUACUGGGCUGCUGUCCCUGAAGUGGAAUAACCACCGAUCAACCUUCUUCCAUGUCCUUUCUAAUAUUCGAUCAAAAGAAUCCUACAGUGAUGUCACCCUGGCCUGUGAUGGGAGAUUUUAUUCUCUGCAUAAGUUUGUGCUGUCAACUUGUAGUGAAUAUUUUGAGGAGAUGUUUGAGAGGACACAGUGCAAACAUCCUGUUAUAGUCUUGAAAGACAUCAAUUCUGAAGACUUGGAAGCCUUGUUGAAUUAUAUGUAUGUUGGUGAAGUUAAUGUUGUGCAGGAGAAAUUAGCUGGGCUUAUCAAAGCUGCCGAGUGUUUGAAAAUCAAAGGCUUAGCAGUUCCUGAUGAAGAUCCUAUGGAAUCUAAAGAUAAUUCUAGUAUAGGUAGAGAACAACACAAAAGAUCUCAGAGAGGCGAGGACAGCCCUCGUGCCAAGAGAAGAAGAAGAGAGAACUCGUCGGAUGUUUCUGAAGAAAUCCUCAGUCCUGUGAGGUCGCGACCGAGUGGUAGAAGCCGAGACCAUCACCACCACCAUCAUCACCAUGGCAGUCACAAUGCCAAGAGUGCGCCUGUAGCUCCUAGUGGAGAUAAUGAAGAUGGCACCAGAGAGACCCAAGGGCUCACUGAUGCCUCUGAAGAGGCAGAAAAUUCUUCCAUUAACGCCAACAGAAGAUCUGAAGGCUCUAAUAAAAAUAAAUCUUCUAGUCAAAUUAAAAGUAAAAGAGAACCAGAACAAAUGAUGCUAGAUGGAGAAGAAGAAGGUGACGUCAAAACGGAGCUACAAGAAGCAGACAAUAACGACGUAGAGGAGGUAGACAACAAAGCAUCGCUACACGAGCAGCUCGGUCUGGACAUGCGUGACGCGUCCAACGAAGACUACGACAACGCGGCGCUGCUUGAUGAACAGCACGACGAGUCGAACCUCGCGGGCGCGUCGGGAUACCAGGAGAACUCGUUCUUAUGGGAGGGAGAUGGCAGCCUCUCCGGCUUCUCUGCUGAAGGCUUCACGAGUGAAGCGUCUCAGGCACGUCAGAUGGUGCCACCGUCAAUCCUGUCGUCCGUUUGGUAUUCGCGCGACCUGCUCGAGGGUCGCUCUGAUUUCCCGUCUGUUGCUGAGUCGUCUGGAAAGUCGUCGAGUAGUGAACGGCCAUUGAUGUCAUCAGACAAAACAGGCGCUGCCCAAAGAGCCGCAAUGCCUGAUGCGGUUCGUUUAAGGCGCUAUGAGUGUUCGAAUGUGCCUCCCUGCGGCCUCUCCUUCAACAGCCCGUCGGAGCUCAAGCGCCACAUGCUUGUUCAUACCGGCGAGCGUCCUUAUAGUUGUCCACAGUGCGCUUACAGCUGUAAUAGAAAAUUUAAUUUGCGCCAACACUGCUUUUUACGUCAUCAAAUUUCAAUGAAGCAUCCCAUGUGGUUAUGAGUAUCCAGAACCAUGCACGGAACAUCCCUGCUAGAGGACCAUGGUCAAGAUUUUGCCUCGAAGUCCAGAUACAGUGAUCGUCCAAAUACGAACGAUACGAUUUUGUACGACGUUGCUGAAAUCAUACCGACAGAUAUAUUUUUGACAUGCUUGGGUACAAUGGUAUCAUUUAUUUAAUCAUAAUUAUUUAUCGUGUUGUAAAAUCUGACAUUUGCUGGUUUAUAUGCUAAUGUUGCCUCAAUUGACUUCGAAGUGCAGGUAUUCUUAAACAAUAUUUUGAAACGUUCAAUACAUUACUGACUUAUUUCAUAAAAGAUAUUAUUACUCAUCUUUGCUUAGUUCCAUGCAGUCGGUGAAGUUAAUUUUCUAUUGCUUAUGAGAGAUCGCAUCAUAUCUUAUUAGGCUUCCCCUCAUUGCAUUACACAUCGUUGUGUGUGUAAUGAACAAUAGACUUAUUUUAUUGCACCUGAUGACUCUUUUUUGUGACAUUACUAUCACAAGUACGAGAGAAAUACAAUAAUUAUUGCUAUAAUAAAAUAUUUGUAUGAUACUUGGAUCUCUUUUCCUCUUGUAGUUCAUUGUCCGAAGUUCUCAAGAACGUGGUUCACCGAUAGUUUAAUUCAUGAUCGUAUGUGCGUAUGUGUUGAAAUUGUUACCAUACUGCGAUAUUUUACUGUUAUUACUUAUUACUAAUCUAAUGGCUAAUCUAAACAAAAUUGCUAAUCUAAAAAAAUGGUUGUAACUAUCAUUGUAUGCGAGGUUUUCUUUUAUACUUUGUAAACCGCGGAGAAUGUCGUUGCAGUGCAUGAGCGAGGCGAUGUUAUGAUAAAGGAUAAUGGUAUUCUAUGAUCUGUGUUGCAGUAAAUAUAAAAAUCCAUA